GCCAUGGUGACCGGGCGCGUCCGUGUGACGCGGCAGCGGAAGGGGCGCCUGCGGCCUAGCCCCGUCUUCGAGCCCGUGGCGGGAGGAGAACCGGUGGUGUCGUCGGGCCCGGAACAGGAGGUAACGGGGUCUGAAGUGGAGCCAUGCCUCUGUUUGGGAACGUCUUUAGUCCGAAGAAAACACCGCCCAGAAAGUCGGCUUCUCUUUCCAGUUUACACACGCUGGAUCGUGUGACCCGGGAGGUUGAACUGGGCCUGGAACCUGGUGCUCCUAUGAUGAAUAUUGGAGGACAGAGCCUGAAGUUUGACAAUGGACAGUGGGUAUCAGAGUCUAUGCAUGAUGGUGGGCCACACAAGGAGGUUCAGCGCCUGCGGAAGCGCAACCAGCAGCUGGAGGAGGAGAACAAUCUUCUGCGGCUGAAAAUUGACAUUCUGCUGGACAUGCUCUCCGAAACCACGGCAGAAUCACACCUGAUGGAGAAAGAGCUGGAGGAACUGAAAAUUCACAACCGCAAGAGGAAAUGAGGGGCUGCAAUGUGGCUGCAGACCCAAUGACAGAAGCACUUGGCUUGGGGAGAGGACAGAGGAAGGACAGCUCGUCAGCAGUAGAAAUGGGUCGCCGUGCAUGCAACAGCGUCUGGGUGUCCCCACAAAGUGGCACCAUGGUCCAAUGGCCAGAUCCUUCAACCAAUGGGGGCAGAGUGAGAGACUUUGAGAACAUCAGCAACAUUCGGUUUCACAAGCAUCUUUCAUUUAGUCAGAAACUUCCAGUAUAUGAACAGUGGUUUGUGCUUUAGGCACGAGGUACCCCACACAAUUGUAGCUCAACCUUCAUUGGCCAGCAAGCCAAUUUCAUUAAAAAGGUCUCUAGUCUAAUUUGCUAUGAAUUAACGUGUAGCAACACCUGUUGUUUAAUACAGAACCAUCUUUGCAGACAAACAGUCAUUUUACACUCUGGUGUCUGUCUAGGAAGGUUGUCCAUUGCUAUUUGCCAGAAGUUGAAAUACAUCCAUUCCCAAAUCUCUGUUGUAAAGGGGAUUGCAUGCUGACCCAGGCCUGUUCAUAUCACUAUUUUCGCCAUCAAACAGUCCACCUCAAUUUCGCCUGUUAAAUGAUGAAGAUAUAUUUUCUAUUUUUUUAUCCAUUCAUUUCAUCAAAUUUCUGCUUCUGACUUUCUAAGCUUUCUUUUGGCCCAGCCAAGCCCUUCCCUUCCACCCUACACCUGUGGGGUUUUUACAGAGGUGAUAACGAAUAAGCCCUCUGAGUACAAAUGGUGCCUUGACAAUGGGAAUAGAUGUCCCUUAUGCCUUGCUGCUGCUCUGUGCUAAAUGUUGAAGUGUGUGUUUAUGUUCCUUUGCUCCUCUGCUUGGGGUAAACCAUCUCCCAGUCACUACAUUCACCUCUUUGCCUUCCCCGUUGAAUUUCUGUAACAAUUGACAAACUUGCUGCUGUAAAGAACAGCCCUGUGUUUUCUCCUCUGUUUACUUUCUUUUGAUGCUCUUUUAUUGGUGUGGUCUGCAGAGGGUAUUUACAGUUUGGCUUUUUUUGAUUUUUGAGUUAAGGAUGGAGUAUAUGUUUUUCUGGAGCCUUUUUUCUGUGUGAUUGUAUUUAUUUCAGUUUUGAAUUAAAAUACUGCAAGUUUUAAAGCCCCCCUGUGUUGCCAGUUCGUUU